AUGGUAUUCCAAUUGAUCGACGAUGUUGUUGUUAAGGAAGGUGCCAAGCUUGAGGAGCAACUGGCGAAGGUGAUCAAAGCUGAACUUUUAAACAUGCAGGCAACAAUCAUUCAGAGUAUAAUUACCCAUUUGGGCAACUCCAUUCCCAACACUUCUUCUGUGAAAGAGACCACAGGGGUGGCCCCUAAACCUGUUGGGGAUUGCACAUUUUCUGGACCACCAUUACAACCUACUAAUAUAUCAAGAGGCGAAGUUCAAAAAGGGGUCCCAACCGAGCCUUCUGAUGCACAGACCUCAGGCACACCACAACAAGUGAAGCCCGCCUCCGUCCAACCACAAGUUGAUAAGGUCAUAAACAUGGUGAUUUCAGAAGUCGAGGGUUUGACUGAACUUGAAGAGGAUGAGGUUCAACGCACUGAGCUAAUUCAUGUCACAGUCCCCGCUUUAGUAGCAAAUGAUGACAUUGGAGAGACUAGGAAGAGCAGAAGGACAAGGAUCCCACACCCGUUGUUCAAUGACUAUCAGUGCAACCCCAAGAUAAUAACUUUCAGAGUGGAAGGACCCCCACCAGCGAUGGCAGACAACAUCGACGAGAUAUACAUUUCUAUGAGAGAGAGUGUUGGCCAAAACAAGGUUUUUACUGUUGGAAACGGAAUCUCUGUUACAACAGAUGAGUUGAACGAUAUUGAGGACCGCACCAAGCAAAUGCCAACAAAGGAAGAGGAAGCGAUUCACUCUUCUAAGAUUGCGAUCUAUGACACCAACUUCCCUGCAUUGCUGAUGAAACAACAUGCCCGGCUCGUCAACACCGUAGCGAAGGAUCGCAGCAGGCUGAAAUACGAUGAAGCUGUUCUCAAGUACUUCAUACCUCCCACCAGCAGCGUAGAUGCUUACGACCGAAUUUACUUUCCAUUUUUCAUCGACAAACAGCACUGGAUCGGAGUAUGUCUUCACUUACCUGAGUCGGCCGUACAAGUACUUGACUGCAAUUUUGGGUUUCGCACCCAAAGUAUGAUGAAGAAAGACUUGAACCCAAUUACCAUUGUCGUUCCUCACAUCCUUAACACAGCAAUGGGAAACUUAGGCGCCAAUCAACGCAAACCCUAUCAGAUGAUAAGGGUAAAGGAUGUCCAUCAGAACCACAACUCUACUGACGCAGCCGCUACUACCGUACUGCUCAUCCAGGCUCAUGCUGCAAGCGACGGUGACGGUUGCAAAGAGAUCACACGGGACUCAUUGGCUGCAGGGGCUAAACACCUGGCUGUUCUCGUUUAUCGCAACGUCACCCCUAUUUAA